AUGUAUGAAGACAUGAAAGAAGUAACCAUUUAUGUCACAACAAACAGUAACCACAACUCAAAUAAUCUUUCCUCGAGUAACCACUCAAAUGAUGAUGAUGAUGAUGGUUACUCAUUUAGCAAUAGUAGUCUAAGUUGGAAAGCAGGCACAAAAUUUGAAAAUGUGGUUGAUUUUAGGAGAGCUUUAAAUCAUUAUGCUAUCAUAAAUGAGUUUGACUACUUCAUUCUAAAAAGUGAUCAGACACGGUUCACAGCAAGGUGUGAAAACGUUGAUUGCCAGUGGAGAAUUUAUGCAUCUAUCAUGCAAGACGACAUAACAUUUGAAGUUAGGAAAAUUAUAGAAGCACAUACUUCUACCCGAAGCAAUAAGGGUGGUAAUAAGCGUGCCACUCAAGGAUGGAUUGCAAAUAUAAUUGCCAACAAGUUAAAAUCCGAUGGAGAUGUAUCUCCUGGGGAGCUCAGAAAGUGA